CGAUCGCCGAAACCGAUCAAUCAUACCUCCCUGCCUUUGUGUAGUAAUCGUUUCUGAUCUUACAGAGACAGAGGAGAGAGGCGAUCGAGAUGGUGGAAUCGAACGCACUCCUGGAGGAGGCGGCGCGGCUGGCGGAGGCGGCGCGGGAGCUCCAGGAAGCUGCCGCCAUCCUCAUCUCCAGGACCCGCAACGAGGAGCAGUCCCUGCGCCAGCGCGCUGUCGCCCUGGAGUCCGACCUCCGGAGGCUUCAAUCGUCGCUCGAUUCGACCGUCAGAAAGAAGGGUCAGAGCGCCACUGGCGGGGGCGUCGAUCCCAAGAUCGCAGAAAAGGUUGAUGAAGAGUUAUGCAGGGCGAGAUGCGUCAUCAAUGAUGGGGAUGUUGCAUCACUGCUUCUCAGCAAGACCCAUGGUCGGUUCUUGAAGAUGUUCCUUGGCCCUGUCAAUGUACGAGCAACAAGGAAAGAAGUCCAGCUCAAAGUGAAGGAGGAGUACAAUAGCUACAGGGACAGAACAGCCUUUUUAUUUCUUCUAUUUCCGUCCACUCUUCUUCUUUUGAGAUCUUGGGUUUGGGAUGCGUGCCUUCCAGCAUUGCCUGUCCAGUUAUAUCAGGUUUGGCUGUUAUACCUAUACACAACUUUAGCUUUGCGGGAAAACAUAUUGAGAGUAAAUGGAAGCGACAUUCGUCCUUGGUGGAUCUGCCAUCACUAUUGCGCCAUGUUGAUGGCCCUUAUUAGUCUCACAUGGGAAAUAAAGCGGCAACCUGAUUGUGCUUACAAACAGAGAGGGGUGCAACUGUUCCUUAUGUGGGCUAUGAUGCAAGGUGUUUCUAUGCUUUUACAAAACAGAUAUCAGCGUCAAAGGCUGUAUACUCGCAUUGCAUUGGGCAAGGCAAAAAGAAUGGAUGUUGUGUGGGGAGAAACUGCUGGUGUUGAAGGCCAAUUGUGGUUGUUAUGCCCCAUUCUCUUCAUUUUGCAGGGCUUUGAAGCAUAUGUUGGCUUAUUACUACUUCGUACAGCUUUUGUUGGUGUUAUUUGUGAGUGGCAGGUUAUCGCUUGUGGAAUAUUGCUGGUUUUGAUGGCAAUUGGUAACUUUGCAAACACCAUGCAGACACUUAUAGCAAAGUCGAGAUUCAAAGCUAAGAUGAAAAGAACAAGGAGCAAGUAGGAUUUUGAUCAAUGUAUCUUGACUCAGGAUCCUUCACCAAUUGAUUCCAAAUCAUCGAAGGCAUCGUGAUGUGGAUAAUGAUCAAGUUUACUACAUUUGCUACUUCAAGCUUGGUCAUGUUCUGAAAUGCAAUUCGUGUUCAAAGCAAUGUUGUUUUGUACAGCUCCUACCAGGAUGUCUGUUACUAGCAGUUGAUCUAAUCAUCCAUCAUGAGGUUGAGUGUGGUUUUGCUAUGUAGUUUACAAUAGUUGUACCAUUCUUUCCUUUUUUUUGGCGCAUCACAAUUAGAUUAGCGUUUCUUAAGAAACCA